CGCGACGACCAUCAUGUCUACGUCCAGCUAUACCCCCGACGACAAACACACCUGGUGCCCGGCUACCGCAGGCGAUAGCCGGUCCCCCUGUCCCGCCCUCAACGCCCUCGCCAACCAUGGCUAUAUACCCCACGACGGGCGCGACUUGACCGCCCCUCAGCUCUCACAGGCUAUCCAGAAGGUCUACGGCAUCUCGCGCGUAUUCGCUACGAUCCUCGCGUAUGGUGGCGUAGCGCGCUGUGGCGCGGGGGGCAAGCUCAACCUACACGACCUCGCUGCACAUAAUCUCGUCGAGCACGACGGCUCACUCGUUCACGCCGACACCAGCGAGGGCCAGAAGUACGCGCCGACGAACGUCGACCCCGCGCUCCUGCGCCAACUGCUCGACACGUCCUCGACGGGUUACCUCUCGCUCAAAGACCUCACUCAGGCACAGGUCUCACGCCAGGCCGCGUCUCCGCCACUCCACGCGCUACAGUCUAUCGUCUCCAAGGGCGAAUUGGAUCUCAUCAUGGAGGUCUUUGGCAUCCACGCGUCAGAGACGCUCGUCCCGAACGCCGAGGAGACUGUGCAUGACGAGCUGGUGGUGCCGAAGUCGUUCCUGGAACAGUGGCUCGGCGAGGAGAGGCUGCCCGACGGGUGGAGCGGGCCGUCACAUCAGACGGGCCUGAAGGAGAUCAUCACGGGCGUCCGGUCGAUAUCGAAGGCGGAGAGCGCGGAACGUCCGAAGGUGUUGUGAACUGCUCGCUCAGGGACUGGACGCAUUCGGUACCGGUCGUGAUACCCAUGGACACCGUCGUCUCGCACAGUGGCUCCCAUCUAUUCCUGCAUGCCCUUCCUUUGGAUUCGUGAUGGCGUCCUCGGCGUCUCGUGGACUUUAUGCUACCAGUCGUGGCGGAAUCCUCUCACCGUACUGUCACCGACCUCGGACUCUUCUCACACAUGCAUCACCUUCGUUGUAACAUUUGUAUUGUAGUGCGCGCAUGAUGUAUCAUAGGACACUGGACCGUUA